AUGGCCCAACCCCCGGGUGAUCGGGGCGGUGCCGGGGCCGACGACGGCGAUGCUCCAACAAUUGAGGGAAACUUAGACCUGACUUGCAGACCAAGAAUUUUCUUCGGCUUUGCACCCAUUCUCUUCCUUAGCACGAAGGAAGUGCCGCGGACUAAAUAUGCAGUGCACGUGCAGCACGUGAAUACUCCUUCUGGUGCAAAGGUCAUCGAGGCUAUCUUCUGUGGCAGUGAGUGA